AUGAUUGGUAAAAUUACUAUUUUCUUUCAGUUUGAACAACUAGCAUUCACGUGGAUGGAACGACAAAAACUAGGUGGCUCGUAUUCGUCUCAUAGAGCACAAUCAGAAAAACACGUUGUAGUGUGCAGUACAACGUUACAUGCGGAUACAAUUAUGGAUUUUCUUAACGAGUUCUACGCUCAUCCUCUUCUGCAGGACUACUACGUUGUCCUUUUAUCCCCGAUGGAGCUCGACACAACUAUGAGAAUGAUACUUCAAGUACCCAUAUGGGCCCAAAGGGUCAUAUAUAUCCAGGGAUCGUGUUUGAAAGAUGCCGACCUAGCGAGGGCCAGAAUGAAUGAGGCAGAGGCCUGUUUUAUAUUAGCAGCUAGAAAUUAUGCGGACAAAACGGCAGCGGACGAGCACACAAUCCUGCGAUCGUGGGCCGUCAAGGACUUCGCUCCCAACGUCGCCCAAUACGUGCAAAUUUUCCGACCGGAGAACAAACUUCAUGUCAAGUUCGCGGAGUUCGUAGUCUGCGAGGACGAGUUCAAAUACGCCUUGCUCGCAAACAAUUGCACGUGUCCUGGCGCGUCUACCUUGGUGACGUUGUUGCUGCAUACUUCGAGAGGACAAGAGGGACAGCAGUCCCAAGAGGAAUGGCAUCGAUUAUAUGGAAGGUGUUCUGGCAACGAAAUUUAUCAUAUCAAAUUGGAGGAUAGUCGGUUUUUCGGAGAAUACGAAGGAAAAAGUUUUACAUAUGCCAGUUUUCAUUCGCAUCGAAAAUAUGGCGUCGCCUUAGUAGGAGUCCGACCAGCGCAACUUCCCGAAUUCUACGAAGACACGAUUCUCCUCAAUCCCGGUCCUCGACAUAUCAUGAAAAAAGACGACACCUGUUACUACAUGAGCAUCACCAAAGAAGAGAACUCCUCGUUUAGUGUGGCCAAUCAACAGCCGAACAACAACAAUACGACCGGUGAUCCUGUGAUAGUAACGGCGAAGGAGGAAGAGAAGACCACAACAGUUCCGAUAACAACGACUGCAACGAAAGACGGUACCAUUCCUCCUCAACUCAUUCUGCAAGUCCCCACCUGUGUCAAAACCUCAUGUUCUAGGAAUGUCUCAUAA